GUCUGCAGUACAACAGCUGUGCAACAAGUGGAACGGAACGGUGGAACGUGCAGCAUGUGAUCGGGAUCCGGGACUCCAAGCUUGAACGAAGGGGUUUUCGCCUUGUCGUUGCGAGCUGCUCGCAAGCGAGAGAAAAGUGAGCUCUGUGUGUCGGCGCUUGAAAAAGCCGCCUCCUUUUGCUCCGUGCCUUGACAGCACAUCAACGUGCCGGUUGGCUGGUUGGCUCGCCUCGCGAGGGAAGUGUACAGUGCACGGCGACGUGAGCGCGCAGGUCGCGCUAAAGCCCCUCGCGCGCCCAGCAUUAGAGGUGGUAGGCAACCCGUCCUCCCCUCGUGUACGAUUGGUGGCCUACCUCGCCCUUGGCGGGCGCUCAGCGCGCGCGUCGAGUGGAAUGGGUUUGCGCCACCUGCGUCUACCUACGUCCAGUUCUCGCCAUCGAGCACUCUUCGGCGGAACACUCGUUACCUCAUUACAGAGAAGGGCCCCCGUUCAAUGAAUGCCAGAUUGCGGGAAGGGGAUCGGAAUAGACUCAUGUCCAUUGGCUCGCAACCCCGAUGCAUGGAGUUUAUGCCUGUCAAGCAGACAGUCGCGAUUGCCCGAAAAGAUAAGAUUCUCUGUAGGCAGUGAUCCGCCGGCCAGGCUGCCGGGCUGAUUUCGCAGAUACAAAAACCUAGUUUGGGCCCUAGGGCAAGUCAGUUCGCUCUCUGCCCGCCUUGCAGCAUGGAGUCUCGCACGGUAGUGGUGCUUCUCGCGGCUCUCGCCUCCGCCGCCGCGAUCACGGAAGACGCGGCGCACUGGCGGAGCGUGGGGAAGGCCGAGCUGGACGCCGCGCUGCGCCGGCAGCCCGUGGAGGGCGUCGCCAAGAACGUGGUCCUCUUCGUGGGCGACGGCAUGGGCCCCAGCACGGUGACGGCGGCGCGUAUCUACGGCGGCGGCGAGGCGUCCAAGCUGCACUUCGAGUCCCUGCCCUGGACGGGCCUGCUCAAGACCUACGGCGUCGACAAGAAGGUGCCCGACUCGUCGUGCACGGCCACGGCGCUCUUCACCGGCGUCAAGACCAACUACGAGGUGGCGGGCCUGGACGCCAACGUCAAGCUGGCCGACUGCACCGCCUCGCUCAAGGAGGCCAACCAGCUGAGCUCCUUGCUGCAGUGGGCCCAGCAGGCGGGGAAGGCCACCGGCUUCGUGACCACGACCCGCGUGACCCACGCCACGCCCAGCGCCCUGUUCUCGCGCUGCCCCGACAGGCGGUGGGAGUGCGAGGCCAACAUGCCCAAGGGGACGGAGGGCUGCAAGGACAUCGGCCGCCAGCUCGUCGAGGAGGAGCCCGGCAAGAGCCUCAACGUCAUCAUGGGUGGAGGGAGGCAGUGCCUGCAGUCCAACGUGGUCGACUCCGACGCCGACCCCAUCGACACGUGGUCCUGCCGCCGGAAGGACAACAUGGACCUCAUCCAGGCGUGGAAGGACGACAAGGAGAGCAGGAAGCUCAAGCACAAGUUUGUGGGGAACACCGGGACCCUGCUGGCAGCAGACACUAAGGAAGCUGAUUACGUGCUAGGUGUAUUUGCGAAUGGGCACUUGAAAAUGGAAUGGAAUCGUGAUAAAUCGGAUGAGGGAAUGCCGUCUCUGAAAAACAUGACUACAACGGCAAUCAGCAUUCUCAAGCGUAAUCCAAACGGAUUUGUCUUGGUGGUUGAGGGUGGCAUGAUCGACAUGGCCCAUCAUCGGGGCCACGCAAGGCAAGCUCUUGAUGAAACUCUAGCAAUGGACCAUGCAGUUGCUGCUGUUCUGGAGAUGACUGAUGAGAAGGACACUUUGGUUGCCAUCACUGCUGAUCAUGAUCAGGGCAUGGCCUUCUCUGGCUAUGCUCCAAGAGAAGCCGAUAUUUUGGGCAUUGCUGAAAAUUCUAAAAUUGACAGCAUUCCCUACACAUCCCUACUAUAUACAACUGGUGACGCAAGCAACUACCAGUAUGAGAUUGUUGAUAAUAAGUUACGAAGAAAAAACCCAAAAGAUAGUGACACCACAGACUUCCUAUAUUCACAGCAAACUGGUGUACUAACAGAUGAAGUACAUCAUUCAGGGUCAGAUGUGGCAAUAUAUGCAAGAGGUCCUAUGGCGCAUCUCUUCACAGGAGUUCAUGAACAGAAUUUUGUAGCAUUUGCAAUCGCCUAUGCUUCCAAAAUUGGUGAAUAUCACACAUCGACAUCAGGAAGUGAGAUGAUAGUAGUAUCACAGAAUGUUUUGCUUCUGACCCUAACUAUCACACUUACAUAUUUAUACAAAUAAUUCUAUGUAAUAAAAUUGUCAUUCAAAAUAAAUUUAUAUGCUGAAAUUA